CCGCCCAGGGCCCAGCUCUGGCCAUGAAGUCGCGGCAGAAAGGGAAGAAGAAGGAGGGCGCCAAGGAGAGGGUGUUUGGGCGCGACCUCCAGGAGCACCUGCAGCUCCGGGGCCUGGACGUGCCCCAGGUGCUGCGAAGCUGUGCUGAGUUCGUGGAGGAGCAUGGGGUGGUGGAUGGCAUUUACCGCCUCUCCGGGGUGUCUUCCAACAUCCAGAAGCUUCGGCAGGAGUUUGAGGCGGAGCGGCGCCCCGAGCUGUGUCGGGAGCUGUACCUGCAGGACAUCCACUGCGUGUCGUCCCUGUGCAAGGCUUACUUCCGGGAGCUGCCCGACCCGCUGCUCACCUAUCGCCUCUAUGACAAGUUCGCCGAGGCGGUGGCCGUGCAGCUGGAGAACGAGCGGCUGGUGAAGAUCGCGGAGGUGCUGCGCGAGCUCCCAGGGCCCAACCACAGGACGCUGGAGUUCCUCAUGCGCCACCUGGUGCGCAUGGCCUCACACAGCGCGCAGACCAACAUGCACGCCCGCAACCUGGCCAUCGUGUGGGCCCCGAACCUGCUGAGGUCCAAGGACAUCGAGGCCUCGGGGUUCAACGGGACGGCGGCCUUCAUGGAGGUGAGGGUGCAGUCCAUCGUGGUGGAGUUCAUCCUCACGCACGUGGACCAGCUCUUCGGGGGAGCCGCCCCGCCUGGUCCCGAGGCCGAGAGUGGGCGGCGGGCGCUCCCCGGGCCCUUGGCGGCCGGCUCCCCGGAGGACCAGGGGCCCCGGUCACUGCCUUACCACCUGCCCAGUAGCCUGCAGGCGGGGGACGGGCCCCCCCAGAUACGGCCCUACCACACCAUCAUCGAGAUCGCGGAGCACAAGAGGAAGGGCUCCCUGAAGGUCAGGAAGUGGAGGUCCAUCUUCAACCUGGGCCGCUCCGGCCACGAGAGCAAGCGGAAACUCCCGCAGGGCGCGGAGGACAGGGAGGACAAGCAGGGGACACUGAGGCCCGCCAAGAGCAUGGACUCGCUGAGUGCGGCGGCGGCCGGGGCCGGCGAGGACCCUGAGGGCCAGGGGCCGCCCCAGAGCACGGAGAGCGAGUGCCCAGAGGCAGCGGAGGGCGGGCAGGAGGUGGUGGCCGAGGAAGCCGCGGGCAGCAUCUCGGAGCCGGCGCCGCACUCGGGGGUCUGCCGGGCAGAGCGUCCCACGGGCGUCCACAUCUCGGACCCCUACCAAGUCAACGUCCCUCCCCACAUCACGUCCAUCCUCAGCGCCUCCCCCAACAUCAUCUCCAAGGACUCUCUGGCCCGCCUCACCCGGGGCCUCGAGUGCCCAGCCCUGCAGACCCGGCCCAGCCCUGCCGCCGGGCCCCCAGACCCCGAGGGCCAGAGCACGGAGAGCGAGUCCCCGGAGACGGCCGAGGGCGGGCAGGAAGCGGUGGCCGAGGGACCCGCGGGCAGCAGCUCCGAGUCAGCGCCGCGCUCGGGGGUCUGCCGGGCAGAGCGUCCCACGGGUGUCCACAUCUCGGACCCCUUCAAAGUCAACGUCCCUCCCCACAUCAUGUCCAUCCUCAGCGCCUCCCCCAACAUCAUCUCCAACGUCUCCCUGGCCCGACUCACCCGGGGCCUCGAGUGCCCAGCCCUGCAGACCCGGCCCAGCCCUGCCACUGGGCCCCCAGGUGAACCCGGGGAGGCCCGGCCCGCCGCCCUGCCCCUGGAGGACCCCGUGUCCAGGACCCUGCAGGAUACCUUCUCCUUCCUGGAGGACUCGAGCAGCUCGGAGCUGGGGGCGGAGGACGGGGAGGUGGACGCGGCGGGGCCUGGAGCCGCCUUCUCCCCCGACGACCCUGGGCUGGGCUACCUGGACGAGCUGCUGGUGGCCGGACCGCAGGUGGAGGAGUUCUCUGUGGAGCCGCCCCUGGACGAUCUCUUCCUGGACGAGGCCCCCUUUGUCCUGGCCCCCAGCUGCUGCCCCCUGGCGGGGGAGGAGGAGGAGGAGGAGGAAGAAGAGGAAGAGAGCGGGGAGGACGUUUUCCUGAGUGCCCAUGACGACCUCAGGCCCCUGCUGCAGCCUGGAGCCCCCCACGGAUGGCCAGGCCCCGGGGACGCUGAGAGAGGGGGUGCUGGGGACGGGGAGGAGGGGGAGGGCCAGGGUGGAGGUGCAGAAGCAGAAUCAGGCCCGGGGGUCAGGGAGGAGCGUGGGAGAGGGGAUGGGGAGGCACAGGGAGACGUGGGCGCCCGAGGGAACCUUCUAGAACAGGGCCCCCUCCCUGCAGACCCGAGGGCAGUGGGUGCCCCAGAGGAGGAGCCCGCGCACUGCCCGCAGCCGGGCCCCGAGGCCGGGGGCUGCCGCCUAGCCCCGGGCGCGGGCGUGGGCAUGCGUCUGGCCUCCAGCCUGCUGCAGGUCCAGCAUGCCCGCUCGGUGCCCGUGGUGCCCCCCAAACCUCAGUUUGCCAAGGUGCCCGGUGCUUUGAGCGGCAAGAUCCACGUGGCGCCCGCCAGCCCCUGCCCGCGGCCCGGCCGGCUGGACGGCGAGAAGGCGUGGGGUCCGCAGGGCCCCCGGGCCUGCUGGCGGAACGGGGCCAGCCUGUCCUUCGACGCGGCCGUGGCUCUGGCGCGAGACCGCCAGAGGACAGAGGCCCGUGCCCGCUCCGACUGCAGCCUCCCCGCCAGGGUCGGCCCUUGCGGCCAGGCCCCCGGGCACUGCGCUCGGCCCCAGAGCAGCCUGGGCCUUCCUGAGGAAGGGGCAGGGCCCCGCAGCCGGCUGAGUCUGCCCCCCGGAGACCCCCAGCCCCGCAGCCCCGACCCCGUCCUGCUGUCUCAGCGCAGGUCCUACGCCUUUGAGACCCAGGCCCAGGCAGGGGGCGGGGCGGGGCUUUGAUGGGCGCCGGGAGGGGACGGAGGUGGCCCGGAGCGGCAGAAGUCGGGGGUUUUACAAGGUGCCCGGGAAGGGGAAGUCCAGCUCCGUCCCUGCUGCCCCCGCAGAGACCCCACCACACAGCCCCUCCCUGGAGACCGGCUUGUGGGCGGGAGGGAGGCCCCCUGGGGACAGGGCUCACGUCACCUGGUCAGGGGCUGGACCCCCUAA